UUCUGACUCCACUGCCCUCGAUAAACAGACAGAUUCUAUGUGGAACUUUCAGUAGCUCUCCCUUAAAAGAAGUCCAUUCAUAAAACUGGGAGCAGUGUGGCAUUGUUUGUCCGUGUUGGCCUCAGAAGAACACGGUGGGUGUCUGUCAGGUCUUCAAACACGCUAGUUAAUGAGGUUUAAGAAAAUAGUUUCUGGCCCGGCGGUGAUGACCCACACCUUUAACCCCAGCACUCGGGGGGCAGAGGCAGGUGGAUCUCUGAGUUCCAGGCCAGCCUGGUCUGCAGGGUGAGUUCCGGGACAGCCAGGGCCACCCAGAGAAACCGUCUCGGGAAACAACCCCGCGCCCGCCCACCCUGCCCCAUACGUUUUCAGUAAUAGACCCUUCCAGAUCCGAUUCUCUCCCUUAGCCUGCCCCGUUACUCCCCGUCUGCUGACGGCCCCUCCCGGCCUUGGUUGCCCCGUGGUCAUGUGAGUCUCCACCGACCUUUAACCUAGUCCCUGAGGGUUGGAGUUGCUGGUCUUGGCACGUGAGCGCAGUGACCGUUGGGCACUGUUGUGCGGCCACGGCUGGGUGAGGACGCAGCGGGGCCCUUCCGGCCUAAAUUGGCCAUAGUUUGGGGACCCAGACAACAACUGGGUCGCAGUAGGGGACGGUGGGAAAGGCCUGGCCCGCAGCCAGCUAAGGAAGCUCCAGGGGGUGGGGCGGCGGACCCCGGCAUUCCCCGCCAUCUGGGGUCCUCUGAGAAUGGCGGGCAAUAAUCCCCUCGGAGGAAGAGAAGGAUGAUGUGGUGUAAGGGUAGAUCAAAGUCGAAAUCGGGGUUGAAUCUCGGCCUUUGUAUAGCAUCAUUGUCGUGUUGCUCUGUGCGUUUCCAAUUACUAAAUAAUAAAAGGCAUGGUCGCUUUUAGGGAAAUGUCUGAGAAACUACGAAGAUGCAGGAAGGAGCUGACUGCAGCCAUAGACCGAGCCUUUGAAGGAGUCAGGCAUUCCCAGGAGUGUACAGGCCCGCAGAGGUCGGACGCCUCGUCCUCGCUCGCCUCCCUGCCGGUGCACAGACUGCCCUGCAGAAACCCACUGGCUGCUUGUUCCUCGGCUGCCCCCUGCGCUGGUGCCUCAUGUUCUCCUGAGAAUGAGAAUCCCGUCUUUGCGCCACACCAUGUCCCAGUUAAUACAAAACCCCUUCCUUUAUACCCCAAAAGAAAACCUCUGACCAGCAAGGAAAAUGUGUUGAUGCACUCUUCCAUUUUGGCACGUGAAAGACAGUUUUGGAGAGCUGCGGGAGAUGGGGAAAACUGGAGAAAAGAAAGUUUAAGGAAGGAUAUGGAGAGAGACUUAAAAGUUGACUCAAAUAUGCUGCUCAGCAAUUCUAGCCAAGAGGUCACAAAGGAUCUGCUAGAUAUGAUUGACCAUACAAGUAUUCGAACUAUUGAAGAACUGGCUGGAAAACUAGAAUUUGAAAACGAAUUGAAUCGUGUGUGUGGACGCUGCCAAGAUUCACCCCUCAAGGAGGAGGCCUGGGCCCUGCUUGUGGACGAGAGCCCUCGGAAGGCUUUGGAUGCUGACCCUGGUAGCCUCAACAAGGCUUUUGAUGACCAAAAUAUUGUUGAGACUGUUCUGGACCUGGAGGAGGACUACAACUUGAUGACGUCUUUUAAAUACCAAAUAGAGUAAGGAGGGUUGACCGUCAGCAGCCACAGUGGUUAUCAGAAGCCAGUCUUUCCCAGGGGUUGGCAGAUUCCGAAUUGCCACAUCCUGUUUAGUUCCUGCUGAAUCCCAGAGCUGAGAGCCUGGGCUUUAAUAUUCUGUUAUUUUGAAAUGUUUGGAGUUUUUUGACUUGACAUUUUUUAAAGUGUGUUUUUGGUUGGUGUUCAAUAUACACAAUACAAACCUUG